AUGGAUCCGUGGGAGCACUUCGCCGGCGGUAAUCCUUCCGAUCAACAGACUCCAAAACGUCAGCUUCAGAUCUGUGGCCCUCGUCCUUCACCUCUAAGCGUCAACAAAGACUCUCACAAAAUCAAGAAACCUCCCAGGCACCCUGCUCCACCUCCUCAGCAUCACCGCGACCAAGCUCAACCGUACGCUCCUCGAGAGCCGGUGGUUAUCUACGCCGUCUCGCCGAAAGUCGUGCACACCACAACCUCCGAUUUCAUGAACGUCGUCCAGCGUCUCACCGGGAUCUCCUCCGAGGUCUUCCUCGAAUCAAGAAACGACGGAGAUGUGUCACCGGCGGCGAGACUGGCCGCGACGGAGAAUGCUAGCCCGAGAGGAGGAAAGGAACCGGUGGAAAUCUCGACGGCUAUGGAAGAAGCAGCUGAGUUAAGUGGCUAUGCGCCGGGAAUACUCUCGCCGUCUCCGGCUAUGUUACCGACCGUUCCUGCCGGAAUUUUCUCUCCGAUGUUUCACCUAGGUGGGUUGUUCUCGCCGGCGUUACCGCCGGGAUUAUUUUCGCCGGCAGGAUUAAUGAGCCCUGGUUAUGCUAGUUUGGCAGCGUCUGCGUCACCAACUUUUGCUGAUUUCUUCAGUCACAUUUGGGAUCCUUAGAGAAUAGAUUAUUAGUUUUUUUUUUUUACAUUUUAUGUAAUUUUAUUAACUUGACAUUAUCCAAAAAUUAGUCCAGGGGUUUUAAAUGAGUUUUGUGUAUUUGUAAUGUAAACUAUAUAUUAUAUAACAUCUCAUUUAACUUC